AUGAAGGACAAGGACAUUCCCUGGUCAGACACGGCCCUGUGGCUGGUGGCCCGCGUGCUGGCCCUCGGCGGCUCCUGGCGGCCACCCGGGGUUCCCGGCUUCACCCUGUACCGGAUCUGGGUGCUCUUCACGCAGUUCAGCUUCCUCUACGGCCAGGUGCAGGGGGUGUUCUACUUCUGGGGUGACGCCAACAAGGUGAUCGAGGACGUGUGCCUCCUGGUCACGACCAUCCUGGGCAUCAUCAAGUUCAUCAUCUUCGUCGUCAGGCAGGAGGACGUCUUCAAGAUCGUGCGCAACAUCGACGACCGCAGGCGCGAGCAGAGCGCGCUGGGGAACCCGCGCAUAGCGGCCGUCCUGGCCAGGUCGUACAGGUCGGCCACGAGGAUCACGGUGCACAUGGCCCUCAUCGGCGGCUGGCUGCCUGUCGUCUUCGCCAUCACGCCGUCCGUCAUCCGAGCCUUCGGCGUCGGCCCGCCGGAGCGCGAGCUGCCCGCCACGGCGUGGUACACGGGCAGCGAUUCCGUCACCCCCAUCUACGAGCUGCUCUCCGUGCUGCAGUACUUCAGCAUGCAGUACUCGCACUUCGCCGCCAUGUGCAUCGACCUCUUCUUCGCGUGCCUCAUCAUCCACGUUGCUGCCCAGUUGGAAGUCCUCAACGUCAGGAUCACCCAAAUUCGGGAGGACAUCUACCGUAACGGACAUGUAAGUGAGUCACCAGCAGGCACCAGGGACGAGGGAACAGAGGAAGAUUCCGCAUGGAGAGAACUGUGUGAGUGCGUGGAGCACCACAAAGACGUCAUAAAGUGA